UAACUUAGAUUGUAUGUUCUUUUCGAGUGAGAGCCACUUCAUGCAGCAGAGUUGCAUAAUUCAUCAGAUGGAAACUAGAGACUGCAUUGUGGUUAUCUCUCUUCUUGUACAUUUUUGUCAGUCUAGAUUAGUUGGUCCAAAUAAGCCAAUUAUUGCAACAGGUGGAGAAGACAUCACUUUGCCAUGUCACCUGGUACCUGGAGAAAAUGUUGCUGAAAUGACAUUUGAGUGGACAAGACCUGACCUGGAGCCCAGAUUUGUGUUUGUGUGGCGCACACGUCAGGACCUCGUAGCUAUGAAAAACCCCUCCUACAAAGAUCGAUCAUCAUUGUUCACUGAUGAGCUGAAACAUGGAAACAUUUCACUGAAACUGUCCAAAGUAAAACCUGCAGAUGAGGGCAGAUACAGAUGUUUCAUUCCAGCCAAGGAUGAAGAAGCUUUUAUUGAUCUUGUGGUUGUAUCAGGUGCUGUCUCCUCUCCUGUCAUCAGCUUAGAAGGGAUUGACAGAGACAAGACAGGAGUGGUGUUACAGUGUGAGUCUGCAGGCUGGUAUCCAGAGCCUGAGCUGCUGUGGUUGGACGGUGAGGGAAACCUCCUCUCUGCUGGACCUACAGAGACCCUCAGAGGUCCUGAUGACCUCUAUACUGUCAGCAGCAGAGUGACUGUGGAGAAGAGACACAGCAACAACAUCACCUGCAGAGUCCAACAGAGGAACACCAACCAGAGCAGAGAGACACACAUACAUGUUUCGGAUGAAUUAUUCCAGCUCACAUCCAGUUCCACUGCUCCCAUCAUCAUUGGUGUGGUUGUUAGUUUGGCUGUAAUCAUCUUGAUUUUAAUUGGAGUUUUUUUCUUAUGGAGACGAAACAAAAAAAAAAAAAAAAAUCCCUUUAAAGGAGAUCAAACUGAAACUGACCAAGAGCAGCAGACACUCAUGACACAGAACAUCAAGCCAGUGAGUGAUAUGACAGAAUCAGACAAGAUAACAAAACAUGAGGAAAAACCGGAAACUAACAAAAAGUUAAAGGAGGAUGAAAAACAGGAUUUCCAGCAGGAGAAACAAACCGAUGUCAAAGUGGUGAACCCCAAGAGCCCCCACGAGCAUGAGAGCCCCAGGAGGACAAACACAGGCACAAUCGAAACCCUGACUCAAACGAGAGCAAAGGACAGCCCUGGAGGGGGACACUCAGCAGGGACAGAGCAAAAGCCCCAGGAGUCUGUGGCUAUGAGCUCACAGGCUCAGCCAGCAGAUGGCUGCACCAGAGCAGACCGACCUCUGAGCCCAGAGACCCAAGACCCAAGGGCCCCCCACACCCCAACAGGGGCCUAUCAGAGCCAGGGGGGCCAGGCCCAACCAACCAGCUGCCAGGAGCAAAAACAGGAAGCUGACAAAAAGAUGAAGGAGGAUGAAAAACAGGAUUUUCAGCAGGAGGUGAAACAACCAUCUAUCAAAGAGCGUAUGAAACAGUUUGAGGAAAACCAACAGAGUCCCCCAGACAUUGACACCCCCAGGAAGACCACCACAGGCAAAAUCAAGACCCCAACUCAGAUGAGAGCAAAGGACAGCCCUGGAGGGGGACAUCCACCAGACACAGAGCAGAAGCCCCACAGGUCUGUGGCGAUGAGCUCACAGGCUCAGCUGGCAGUCAGCUGCACCAGAGCAGACCGACGUCUGAGCCCAGAGACCCAAGACCCAAGGGCCCACCACAUCCCAACAGGGGCCCGACAGAGCCAGGGAGUCCAGGCCCGACCAAGCAGUCGUCAAGAACAUUUGGAGAAAAACCAACAUGCAGCUGAGGAGAAGCUGAAGGAGGAACAUCAUCACCUGCAGAAGAAACAUGCAGAAAUCAGCAACAUGAAGAAAGAACCAGAGACGAGCAAACACAAAACACAUCCAAAUUCAAAAAACAAAAGUUUCCAGGAACAGAAUAAGAGCAGCUCAGCCAAUCACAGCUCAGUGAGAGGUGACAUCAUCUUGGACAAAGUUGACAAACUUGGCCAAUACAUCUGUCUGAAAAACACUUCCAGUGAGAAUAAAUUGAUGGGAGAUUGGGAGGUAAAACUACAGGUCAACGAAACACAACCAGUCACAUACAGAGUUGAAAAAAACUUUACACUGAAAGCUGGAGAGCGACUCACUUUACACCGAGUCGGUGCUAGGAGCCCGUAUCCUGACGAUGCUGAGAUGGGGUGGAUGGGCAUGACAGACUGGGAGAUUGGAGAUGACCUGAAGAUCAGCCUCAUCAGCAACACUGGAGAAGAGCACAGACUAAAGUGAUGCUUUUUACAAACAAGGCUACAUCAUGUGAAUUCACCAGAGAGACUUGUUUGUUUUUGACAAACAAACAAGAAAACAAAAACAAUAUU